AGAUGGAGGCAGUGAUAUUCCAGCAGCUCCUGGUUAAAUCCCUGUUUUUCUCUAUGGAGUCUGGUACUGAUAUAUAGAGAUGUUUCUGGUUAAAUGGUUUCUCUGCUGGAAAACUCAUCACAUGAAUCAGCGAGUGACCGACUCUGUUGUGCUGCGUUUAAGUGAAAGGAUGAAGAAUCAUUCUUCAGAAGUUUGAUUUUAAAUGAGUUCAUCUGCUCCUCAUUUAUUCUUCACUGUAAUUACCAGUAAACUAAUCAAUCACGAUGCUGGCGAUUGAUUUUAGUGUUUAGUGCAAGUUUCCGGGUGAUAUUGAUGCACGUGAACGCUGCAUCAGAUUCGUCCUCGGUGACGUUGUUGGGUCGCGGUGUUUCGGGGGCGGAGGGGACGGUCCAGACUCCAGGUCUGUGACGGACACACCUCCCUACGCAGGGUCCGGCCCCUGAGCCGCAGCAGCCCGGAUCAUUAAAGACAGAGUCCAUGGAGAGGACGGAGCGGACCACCAGCGGGGGGGAGAUGAACGGGACCAUGGCCGGGUCCGGGUCCGGGUCUGACGAGCUUAUCUUCUUCGUUAACGGCAAGAAGAUCGUUGAGAAGAACGCGGAUCCAGAGAUGACCCUGCUGACAUACCUGAGGAGGAAAUUGGGUUUAACUGGAACCAAACUGGGCUGUGCUGAAGGUGGCUGUGGAGCCUGUACAGUCAUGUUGUCCAGAUUCCAAACGCACACUCAACAGCUGCUCCAUUAUGCCGUCAACGCCUGUCUCGCCCCCCUGUGCUCCCUACACCUGGUCGCCGUGACGACCGUGGAGGGCAUCGGCAGCGUGGCCCGAAAACUACAUCCUGUUCAGGAGCGAAUAGCAAAGGCUCACGGCUCUCAGUGUGGGUUCUGUACUCCAGGGAUCGUCAUGUCCAUGUACGCUCUGCUGAGGAACAACCCCACACCCAAAAUGGCCGACAUGGAGGAGGCCUUCCAAGGAAAUCUGUGUCGUUGCACCGGUUACAGGCCAAUCUUGGAGGGAUAUAAAACCUUCACUGUGGACGGGGGAUGCUGCGGCGGCAGAGGGCGGGAAAAUGGCUGCUGUAUGACCAAUGGCAGUGGAGUUGAGAAAACCUCAGAGGAAGACGUGGAUGAGGCCACGGCUUUAUUCAGUACCACAGACUUUGCACCUUUUGACCCCACACAGGAAGUCAUUUUCCCUCCUGAACUCAUGUCUCUCAGCAAAGGUCAGAGGUCGCGUUCGCUGUGUUUCCGUGGUGACCGUGCGACGUGGCUGCAGCCCGACACCCUGGAAGAGAUUCUGCGCCUGAAAUGGAAACAUCCCGACGCCCGAGUGGUGGUGGGAAACACUGAAGUGGGUAUUGAAGUGAAGUUUAAGAACAUGGUGUACCCGGUCAUCCUGGCUCCGUCCUUCAUUCCUGAACUGAACUCAGUGACUCACACUGAGGACGGUGUAGUGUUUGGUGCAGCGUGCACUCUCAGCCACAUGGGGGCAGUACUGAGGCAGGCAGUGGAGACUCUUCCUCCUCAUCAGACCGAAGUCUUCCUCGCCGUCCUGGAGCAGCUGCGCUGGUUUGCCGGGCAGCAAAUACGCAAUGUGGCGGCUGUUGGUGGAAACAUCAUGACAGCCAGCCCCAUAUCAGACCUCAACCCUGUUUUCAUGGCGGCGGGCUGCAAACUCACACUGAUGGACAAGGAUGGCAGCCGCGUGGUUCAGAUGGACGACAGUUUCUUCACAGGAUACAGGAGGACGGUGCUGCGACCGCAGGAGAUCCUGGUCUCCAUAGAGAUCCCAUACAGCCAGAAGACUCAGUUCGUCUCCGCCUUCAAACAGUCGCCUCGCCGCGAGGAUGACAUCAGCAUCGUCACCGCGGCGAUGAGCGUCACCUUCACUCCCGGUUCGAACGUCGUCGAGGACCUGAGGCUGAGCUACGGCGGCAUGGCGGCGACCACGGUGCUGGCGAAGAGGACGGCGAACAGGCUGCGAGGAAGGUGCUGGGGGGAGGAGCUUCUGCAGGAGGCCUGCUCCACAUUGGCUGAGGAGAUGACCCUCGACCCCUCUGUGCCUGGCGGCAUGGUAACGUACCGGCGAACUCUGACCCUCAGCCUCUUCUACAAGUUCUACCUGACAGUUCUGCAGAAGCUGCGACAGCAGGGCGUGAACGUGGAGGAGGUCAAGUCAGACUGUGUGAGCGCCACAGAGCUUUACCAUCCACAGACUCCGUCCAGUGUUCAGAUCUACCAGGCGGUGCCGAAGGGGCGGAGCCAGGACGACGUGCUGGGUCGUCCCAUGAUGCACCUGUCGGCCAUGAAGCAGGCGACAGGUGAGGCGGUUUACUGCGACGAUGUGCCGCUGUACGAGAACGAGCUGUACCUGUCACUCAUCACCAGCAGCAAAGCUCACGCUCGCAUCAUCUCUGUAGAUACCUCAGCAGCAGAGCGUUUACCAGGCGUCGUCUGUUUUGUGUUUGCUGACGACAUUCUUGGGUCCAACGCCACCGGCCCGGUCGUAUACGAUGAGAGCGUCCUCGCUGACGGCCAGGUGACAUGUGUGGGUCACAUCAUCGGCGCCGUGGUGGCCGACACUCAGCUUCACGCUCAGAGAGCCGCCAAGGCCGUUAAGAUCCAGUACGAAGAGCUGCAGCCUGUCGUCACCAUCCAGGAGGCCAUCGCUGCCCAGUCCUUCUAUCAGCCAAUCAGAACCAUCCAGAAGGGAGACCCAGAGGCCGGGUUUAAACAGGCCGACCACGUCCUGGAAGGUGAGAUGCACAUCGGAGGUCAGGAACAUUUCUACCUGGAGACAAACGCCACUCUGGCUGUUCCCCGAGGAGAAGACGGAGAGAUGGAGCUCUUCGUGUCCACUCAGUCUGCCUCCAAAACACAGUCUCUGGUGGCGAAGGCGUUGGGCGUCCCUGCUAACAGGGUGGUGGUCCGGGUGAAGAGGAUGGGCGGAGGCUUCGGUGGAAAGGAAAGUCGAACCACCGUGUUGUCGACUGUGGUCGCCGUGGCAGCAAACAAGCUGAAGAGGCCUGUGAGGUGCAUGUUGGACAGAGACGAGGACAUGUUGAUCACUGGAGGAAGACACCCCUUCUAUGGGAAAUACAAGGUUGGUUUUCUAAACAGCGGUAAGGUCAUGGCUCUGGAUGUGUCGUACUACAGUAACGCUGGAAACUCCAUGGACCUCUCUUUGUCAGUCAUGGAGCGCGCUCUGUUCCACAUGGAGAACUCAUACAACGUGGCGAACGUUCGUGGCCAAGGCUUCCUGUGCCGCACCAACCUGCCGUCCAACACUGCAUUCAGAGGCUUCGGAGGCCCGCAAGGCAUGAUGAUCUCUGAGAGCUGGAUAACAGACGUGGCUCAGAGUCUGGGGAAGGCGGCAGAAGAGGUGCGUCGGUUGAACCUGUACAUGGAGGGCGAUUCAACGCCUUAUAAUCAGAUCUUGGAUCAGUUCACUCUGGACCGCUGCUGGGAUGAGUGCCUGUCACGGUCUGAAUACCAGCAACGCCGAGCAGCCAUCGACCUCUACAACAGACAGAACCGAUGGACCAAACGAGGCCUCGCCAUCGUCCCCACCAAGUUCGGCAUCAGCUUCACUGCUGUCUUCCUCAACCAGGCUGGAGCUCUAGUUCACAUCUACACUGACGGUUCAGUGUUAUUGACCCAUGGUGGGACAGAGAUGGGACAAGGACUCCACACCAAGAUGGUCCAGAUUGCCAGCAGGGUUCUGGGUAUCCCCUAUUCAAAGAUCCACAUAUCAGAGACCAGCACUAACACGGUCCCCAACACGAGCCCGACCGCCGCCUCUGCCUCUUCUGACCUCAACGGAGCCGCCGUUCAGAAUGCCUGUGAGAUCCUCAUGAAACGUCUGGAGCCGUACAAGAACAAGAACCCCAAAGGAUCAUGGGAGGACUGGGUGAAAUCAGCGUACUUUGACAGAGUCAGCCUCAGUGCAAACGGAUUUUACAAGACUCCGGAUCUUGGUUACGACUUUGACUCAAACUCUGGACGAGUGUUCAACUAUUUCAGCUACGGAGUCGCCUGUUCAGAGGUGGAGAUCGACUGUCUUACCGGAGCUCACAAGAACCUGAGCACCACCAUAGUGAUGGAUGUUGGUCACAGCCUCAACCCAGCCAUAGACAUCGGACAGGUGGAGGGAGCGUUCAUGCAAGGUCUGGGUCUCUUCACACUGGAGGAGCUCCAUUACUCACCCCGGGGAGUCCUCCUCACCCGGGGUCCUGGUUCUUAUAAGAUCCCGGCCUUCGGCGACAUUCCCACCACGCUCACCGUCUCACUGCUCCGGGACGCACCGAACGACAAGGCCAUCUUCGCCUCCAAGGCUGUGGGCGAGCCUCCUCUCUUCCUGGCAUCGUCAGUUUUCUUCGCCAUCAAAGACGCCAUCAGCGCCGCCCGGGCGGAGUCGGGCAUCAAGGGGCCAUUCAGGCUGGACAGCCCCGCCUCCGCCGAGAGGAUCCGCAACGCCUGCACCGACCGCUUCACCAAACUGUGUCCUCCUGCAGAACCUGGAAGCUUCACACCGUGGUCUGUACAAGUCUAGUACUCUUGACCAGAGAGAGAGAAAACCACUGAUGACAUAAAACUACAAAAACGCAACGAGCCAUUUUGUACACGCACAUUUCAGAGUCACUAAAUGACCUCCACUCACAGUUAAUCCUGCAUUUUGUUUGAAAAAAAAAACAUGAAAUCAGUUGAUCUUAAAAUGUUACAACACAACUUUACUAAAAAAAGAUUAUGAUCACUGUUCAGUCCAGCUAAUGUGAAUCAUCAGAUGUGUAGCUGUGACUGCUGCUGCACUUUUACCUGCAUGAUGUAAACCACGUGUGAAUGAAAUGAUGAUGAUUUAACUCAUUUUCACUGAUGUUACACAGAAUUCUUGCACUGUAUGAACAAAAUAAACCUUUUAGGAGUCAUCUCCUGCUCGA